UACCUAGGCUGCUCUGGAAGAAUUGGCUACAAAGGAUUUUUGUCGUGUUCAGCAUAAACGCUCCAAUCAUAAAUUUAUUUCUGAUCACAGUUCGUUAUCAUUAUGGCCUUAUAGAAGUCGCUGUAUAACUAAAUUAUAUUAAUUUUAUGUUAAAUUUUGUUGUUGAAAAUCUGUAAAACUUCACAAAACGACAACCAUUCUUAAAAAUCUAUAAUUUGUUUUGCAAAAUCUUUCCCAAAUCAGUAAAGACUAUUAUGCUUAGGUUUUCUAAAAUAGUUUCCCUGGACCCUCUUCCAGAAAUUAAGAAUGUUUUCUCUUGUGAUUUUAAAGGUACUUUGUGUAGAGUGCACUAGCAACCUGUUUCUUUUAAGCCAAACUUUCAGAGUAUUAAUCCACUCCUUGGUUUUCUUUUAAAUGCAACUAAAGGUCUUUAAUAUACAUUUAUAAAGGGUAUUUAAAAUAAAAUUAUCUUGGGAGGGGGAGGGCUAUAGAUCUCAUGCUAUUCCUGGGGUCAGUCUAUUCCCAGCUGUGUCUUGAAAUAAAUGUUCCUUGGGGUCACUCUGACUGCCUUGUACUUGAAAUAAAUGCUUUCUGGACUCUAUUUUGGAAGCAAUCAAUUCAGUGGUUUCAAAUUGCAUGUAUGUUUCAAACAGCAUCAAAUGACAGACUAUAGAAAACCACACUGUGAUAGUACCAAUUCAAUAUGAUCUUAUUUCUUGGUUAACACUGACCAUAGCAUCAUAUUUCUCUAGCACUGGAAGAUGUCUGUUUGGAUACAACAGAUCUGAUUGCAGUUAAGCAGUAAAGCCGUUGUUAACAGCUAGAAACUGACUUUUUGUAAAAAUGUUGUCAAAGUUAUAUGAAGCACAAGAUCCUGCAUCUCUUGGUGUCAUGAGAUUGCUGUUUGGAUUUCUAAUGUUAUUGGACAUACCUCAAGAAAGAGGGAUGUCAAUGCUGCAUAAAAGAUGGGCUGAGCCAGAUACCUGCAAUUUUCCGUUAUUCAGCUGGGUACAGCCCCUUCCAUUAGAAUGGAUGUACAUGGUCUAUGCUGCCAUGUUUCUCAGUGCAAUCGGUAUUAUGCUUGGGUUUUUGUAUAGACUAAGUUGUACCUCCUUUGUUCUGACAUACUGGUAUCUAUUCUUUUUGGACAAAACAACAUGGAACAACCAUUCAUACCUUUACGGACUAGUUGGUUUUAUGCUGCUACUAACAAAUGCUCAUCAUUACUGGUCAGUAGAUGCUUUGCUAUGGCCUAGUAUCAGAAACGUCAGUGUUCCCCGUUGGCACUAUGGGAUAUUCAAGUUUCAGUUCACUCUGGUUUAUUUCUACGCUGGUUUGAAAAAGCUCGAUAUGGACUGGGUGUCUGGAUACUCGAUGACCGGCCUGAGCAGGCAGUGGGUAUUUGACCCUCUGCGCUACCUUGGCCUGAGUAAUGACGUCAUUGAUCAUUUUUUCGUUCACAUCUGUGGAUUAACAUUUGACCUCAUUGAGGGCUUUCUAUUACUUUUCGACAGAACACGACCCUUUGGAUUUCUAUUUGGGGGCAUGUUCCAUUUGAUGAAUUCACAGAUGUUCAGCAUUGGUAUGUUCCCAUGGACGAUGUUGGCGACAAUGCCGAUAUUCUGUCACGCUGCUUGGCCUAAAAAGCUUAUCAGUCAUGCCCCUGGAUUUUUCAAGUCUUUUCUUCCAACGAUUAAACAAUGUAAAGAUAACAUUGUGUGCAGUAAUGUUGUCAAAGGAAAAUUACCCAGAAUGCAAUGGUUUUCCAUUUCGAUUGCUAGUCUUUAUGUCGCUUUGCAGUUGACUUUGCCAUAUUCACAUUCAAUAACAAAGGGUUACAAUGCCUGGACUCAAGGUCUUUAUGGAUACUCUUGGGACAUGAUGGUGCAUUCGUGGACCACACAGCAUGUUGUGAUCAAAGUGGUUGAUAACGCCACUGGUGAAGCAACCUACCUGCGACCAGGGGCCUUUAUUAAAGGCAGAAAAGAGAGACGUUGGAAUACCCACCCGGAUAUGAUAAAGCAAUACGCCCUGUGCUUAGCAGAAAAUAUCAAGAAAACACCCGAACUGGAAAUACAGCAACCUCGUAUCUACUUUGAUGUAUGGCGGUCGUUGAACAAGCGUUUCCAACAGAGGCUAAUUGAUCCUAAUGUUGAUAUGGUCACUGCGCCCUGGUCACACUUUCAGGAAAGUACUUGGAUACGUCCUUUGCUUACCAAACUUACGCCCUGGAGAAAGAGCCUGAAACAAAUUGCGACGCAGACCUACGAAAAAAGCAACAUUUCAGAUGUAACCUUUGUGGCGGAUUUUCCUGGUUUAUUUCUAGAGAACUACAUAGAUCAUGAUGUCAUGGCAAAUUUAACAGUGCUUCAUGGUGAGGUGAAAGUGGAGUAUGAGGAUAAGAAUUUCACCCUGGGUGUGAACGAUAGCAUUAGACUGCCAAGAAAUGAAACGCAUAUUGUGCACGUGACCUCAGAGACUCCUGCUUGCUACAUGUAUGAAUCGUUCAAUGUUACUCUGGAAAAGGAAGAUGAUGUCAUGGAUGACCACGAAGCAGAAUACCAAAGAAAAAUGAAAGAAGAAGAAGCAUGGAAAACCAAAACCUCUUUAGAGAAGCUCACAGUUUUCAUGGGCAGAAAAUAUGAACUUUUCAAGCUCUCAUUUGUUAAUGCAUUUGUUUCCUUUAAAAUUAUAGCAUCAAGACUCUUAAAGGCAACAAGUACAGCAUGAGGUAGCUUGUAUUUUCGUAGUAUCCUAGCAAUUCACAUUAUGCCUUUAAGUAAAGAAUUGAAAA